AUGGGUUCAAGAAUCCAGGUCUGGCUACUCAUUGUUUUUACUCAAAUUUUGUUUAUAGCAGCACAGACAAACAGCGAUGAUCUUGCUGCUCUACAUGCUAUCAAGUCUAGCUGGCAGAACUUGCCACCGUCCUGGAAGGGGUCAGAUCCUUGUGGCAGCAGUUGGGACGGUAUUGCAUGUACCAAUUCACACGUUACCUCCAUAAAAUUAGCAGGCGUGCUUGUGUCGGGCAGCCAGUUUGGCGACAUUGCAUCAUUCACCAAUUUACAGUUUUUGGAUCUUUCAAAUAACAUAGGUCUGAAAGGAACUCUUCCACCAUCAAUUGGGAAUUUAAAGAAUCUGACGACCCUUUUCUUUGGUCCAAUUCCAGACUCAAUAGGAUCUCUGCAGCUGCUAGUUUUUCUAGCUCUGAAUUCUAACAGCUUCAGUGGACCAAUUCCACCUUCUAUUGGUAAUCUAUUGAAUCUUUCAUGGCUAGAUUUAAGUGACAAUCAGCUUAAUGGAACCAUUCCAGUAUCCAGUGGACCUACUCCUGGUUUGGAUAUGCUAAUUAAAGCAAAACACUUCGUUUUUGACAACAAUCAGCUCACGGGGAACAUCCCUCGUACUCUAGGACUUGUACAAACAUUGGAGAUGGUCCGGCUAGAUUGGAAUUCAUUAAAUGGGUCCGUCCCUCUGAACCUCAACAACCUUACUAGUGUCAGUGAGCUGUACUUGUCCAACAAUAAACUCACAGGACCUCUUCCAAACCUUACCGGCAUGAACUUCCUUACCUAUGUGUAA